AUGAAUGACUCAUUGAAUCCAUAUUCCAUUCCUAAUCGUAAUAAUAACACUCAAAUAACUGUCCGUCUUCUUUCAAUCUAUUCGCUUUUAUUAAUUUUAAUUGGUACUCCAUGUAAUCUUCUUUGUUGUAUAAUUUAUUUACAAAAAGCAAAUCGUUUAAAUUCAAUAAAAACGAUAUUUGGUUAUUUAGCUUUUCUUGAUACAAUUGUUUUAUAUACAUUUAAUUUAAAUUAUGUCUUUCGAGAAUUUAAUAUGGACACUCCAAAACCUCAUUUUAAUAACAAAUAUAAUAAUAGUACGAAUCCGUAUCCAGAUGAAAAUGAUAAUAUUAAUGGUAUUAUUAUUAAAAAAAAUCUUGAAGAACGUUCACUAUUUAUCUGUCGGUUUCUAUCCUAUCUUGCUUUUUCUACCUUACAAACGUCCUCAUGGGUAUUAGCAUUUGGUUCAUUUAAUCGUUAUUUAUUAAUAAAAAAGCUAUCACAUUUCGAAUUUAUUUGUAAACGACGGUAUACUAUAGCAAUAUGUUUGUUUUUAACAUGUUCAUUUUUUCUAUCAAAUUUGCAUAUACUUUGGAUGAAUGGUUACCAUUCACCAUAUGGCAGUAUUGUAUGUUAUAAAAAUAAAUAUUAUCCUAAUUAUAUGGUUUGGUAUCAACGAUUACAUUUGAUUUUUUAUUCAGUUUUACCAAGUAUUAUUUUAUUUAUAUUUAAUAUACUUUUAAUACGUAUUAUAUUUGAAAGUAAGAAACGCUUAGAUAAUCAUAGACGUUUAGUUUUGUUUGCUGCCGCAGCAACAACUACAAUACCAACUAGUAAACGAAAAAAUUUUCUUGCUAUACAACAGAUGUCAUCAUCAGCAUUAAAACAAACAAAUAAAACUAGUCCAUCAAGAUUACUUAAUCGACAUAGUCGAAAAUUAACUAUAUCAUUGAUAUUUAUAACAAUAUCUUAUUUUACAUUAACAUUUCCAUCAACAGUUAUUUUUUCAUUUUUUCGUUCAUAUAUUGAACCACCCGCAUUAAGACGAACUAUAUCACUUCUAUUUACGAAUUUAUCAACAACGACACAUGCUAUUCGAUUUUUUAUUUAUUUUUUUUGUUCAACUGAUUUUCGCAAUGAUCUCUAUAAUUUAUUUUUACUCAAACGAUUCUUUCGUCUCAAAUCAAUUAAAAAACAAGAACGAGAACGUCAUACAACUUUACAUCAUACCACUCCACGUCAAACAACUGCACUUUAUACAACUCCACUUCAUACAACUUCAUAUCCUAAUAAUAGACAAAUUGAAUUUCAAUUAAUAUCAAAUAAAUAUCAGUUGGAUGGAUGA